AUGGCUAAAUCUCCUUAUAUCUCUAUUUAUUCAAAGCGAUUUCAAAAAUAACUUAAGCAAUUUAUAUGUUUCAAGGCAAAAUUUCUAUAGCAAUGGUUGUAUUAUAUCUUUGUCUGCCUUUUAUCCUUUUUCCUAAUGAUUUUGGCAUUAAACUAAAUUUAAAUAACUAAAACCGAACUGGAUCUACAAAUAUCCUUAAAUAUUUUGAGUACUUUAUUAUUAGUUUUUCUCAUUUAUGAGCCAAUUGCGAUUUAUAUAAGAAUUGUUAUAUACAGACCCUUUCUUGACAGUAUUAAACGCAAUGAAUAUAACCCAGUCAGUCAUUUUGUUUAUUUCUUUAUAAAUCAUAGCUAAAUCAAUAAAAUUUACGAUUAACUAAAUAUUCUAUGA